GUUGUAGUUGCGCCGGAUCAAAGGCUUUGCACGGCAGCGCCAAUCAUGGCUGCCCAGAACAACGAGACGAUGAAUGAAGCUCUGCUGGACCAGGUGGUCGACAGCGAUGACCGGCCAGACACAAGCACAGAAGCACCGAGCUCCCGGAGAAACUCAGACGAGUUCCGAUCUCUCGAUAGGAUUGCACUUGCCUACCAUCGCCGAGAACUGGAGAUAGCUUCUUCAUCAUGGUCGAUCCCUUGGAAACGAAUCAGCGCUCUUUUCUUCAUAGCCUUAGCCGUUGCCACGUGGGUCACAGAGAUCGAAGUCACAAAGUCCGUCCUCUCAGGGGUGGAUCCGUACAACAAUCCGUACAUGCUGGUAUGGAUGGCGCACAACUUCAGUAUGGUCCUAGGGUUCCUCAUGGGAGGAAUCACUGCCUGCAUGAUACCUAAGAGCGAAGGGAGGCAAUCUCUUACCAACAUGGUUUUCCGCCCUCAGGGCACGUUCUUGUGGAGCAGCUUCUGGCUUUCAGUGUUGUGCAACCUGUGCACGUGGCUGUGGUUCGCUUCCAUACCUCUGACGGACGAUGUCGUCAACACAGUCAUAUACCAGUCGUGCUGUGUCUGGUGCUUCAUUAUCUCUGUGGUCAUUCUGGGGGAGAAGGUCACAGUUAUCAAGGUCUUGGCUACGAUAUGCACUUUCUCCGGUGUCGCAGUGAUCAGCUCGUGGCCGUGUGUAGCCAAGUCCGCAGCUCAGCAGGUGGUGCUGGGUGAAAAUCUCUGGGGGGAUACGCUGUGCUUGUGCUCAGCCAUCUGCUAUGCACUCUAUGAAGUCUUGCUGAAGAUGCUCGGGUCGCAAGCCAACGAGGAGGAGGUUGCGCACGAGGACGAGUCGGUGUAUGGGCACAUGUCUUAUGUGCCCUUGCAAGACUCGUUGGAGGGUCUCCGGUCGGCCUCGUCGUUGGGGUUCAUGGUGGGGUGGAUGGGGUUGUGGAACCUGACGCUGCUGUGGGCUCCCGCGGCGAUUCUGCACUUCAGCGGAUAUACGACUUUCGUUCUGCCGCAUGAAGAUGUUCUUCCUUACCUCCUCCUGGACUGUUUCUUGGAAGGAGCAUACCUUGUGUGGCUUGCUAUCGCCAUCGCCUUGAGUAGCCCACUGUUCGUCACCAUCGGGACGGUCCUAGCGAUCCCUGCCUCUGCCGCUGCAGAUACGUUUCUUCAUGGAAUUACCUGCCCUCUGCUGAGCUUUGUUGGAGGAGGUAACGGUCAGGAACUCUGCCGGGCAUGAAGGUUUGACAUGGUCCUUUUUCGCAGGCCUGGUGUUGCUCGGGUUUGUGGGGAUCAACAUCACGUUUCUGGUUGAAGGAAGAAGAGGCUGGCCUUCCUGGCUGUAGCUGAGCUAAUACUUCAUUCCUACCUACUUCAUUUGUACAUUCUUGCUCC